AUGAAGCAUAGGACCUCGAACGAACAUUUUGAUGAUUAUUCAUCGUUUAUCAGACGUUUGCUUCCCCUUGAAAACAAACUACCAUCAAGUCAUUACAAGGCAAAAAAGAUCUUGAACGACCUCGGUCUUGGUUAUGUGAAAAUUGAAGCUUGUAAGAAUAAUUGUGUUAUGUUUUACGGAGAUUACAAAGACGCAUUUAAAUGUCCCAAGUGCAAUGCAUCGAGGUGGGAAGAUACUCUUUCCCCUAAAGGGAAAAGGGUUCCUAUGAAGGUGCUUCGUUAUUUCCCGUUGACUCGUAGGCUGGAACGUCUCUACAUGUGUGGAAAAACUGCUGAGGAUAUGAGAUGGCACGACAUUCGAAAUGUAAGGCUCAGACUCUUAACAGACAGGUUUAAUCCUUUCGAAAACAUGAACUUGUCUUAUAGACCAAAGUCUCCAGAAAAGUGUCUCGAUGUGUAUUUGAGACCACUGAUUGAUGAGUUGAAUGGGUUAUGGGAAAAUGGAGCAUUGAUUUUUGACAAGCAUACCGGUACUUCAUUCAUAAUGAGAGCAUCACUGAUGUGGACUAUUAGCGAUUUUCCUGGUUAUGGGAUGUUGUCCUCUCAUACCAAUAAAGGGUACAAAGCUUGUCCACUCUACUUAACCGACAUUAAUUCUAGUUGCCACGCUGAUAGGGUGUGUUAUAUGGGAGCUCGUAGAUGGCUUCCAGAUGAUCAUGAAUGGAGACUUGAUACAGUUAACUUUGAUGGGCAACAAGAGUUUGGUCUGAAACCCCGAGAAUGGAGUGGCGAUGAAAUUUUAGAUUUGUUGAACUCCUUUGACUUCGAAAAUCUAAGCAGUGAUCGUGAAGUAUUGGCUCGGAAUCCUAAACGUCUUUUGUAUCUUGACAAUUGGACAUACAAGAGUAUAUUCUUUGAGCUACCUUAUUGGUCAAAGUUAAGAAUAAGGCACAACCUAGAUGUCAUGCACAUAGAGAAGAAUGUGAAACCGGCUUUGAGGCCUAAAGUUUUCAGCUGGAUUCAAGAUGUUAAGUAUCCUCAAGGGUAUGCAGCAAAUAUAGCUCGAUGUGUUAAAGUGGGGGAAGAGAAGAUAAUUGGAAUGAAGAUGCAUGACUGUCACGUUUUGCUGCAACGGCUACUUCCAGUCGUAAUUGGACCAUAUAUGCAUCGUGAGGUUGUGGAGACAUUAGUAGCCUUGUCCCGGUUCUGA